AAAGUUUCAUUCAAAUCUCUUUCAAAAAGUAAAUGCGCUUCACGCUUCCCCCAUCUGCAACUCCAAAUUCACCUCAACAAACCCUUUGAUUUCACUCCAAACCCACUCAUAUCUGCUCUCAACUCCCCUGGUCGACCUCUAUGUCGUGAUUUCGGAAUCUUUUUCGAUCUAUUACCUGAUUUUUUUUGGCUAAAUCUAGGGAUUUUUGGGGGUUUCAGUGAUUCGUCCAAGAGGGUCUUCAAUUUGGGUCAAUCUUGGUGUGACUGGGUAUUGGGAUUUUUUUAGUCGAUGAUGAUAUGGAUUAUCCAACUUCAGACCUGGGUCCUGAUUGAAACUGGGGAAAGUAAUUGGUAUUUUUAGGGGAAAGAGUGUGUGAUAUUUGGGGAAUUUUAAGUUAUUCUAGUGGUUGAGAAGUCUAGGGUUUGUCAGAGGGGGGAGGAAGUUUUUAUGAAAUCUUGAAGGAGGGAUGUUUUAUUCGCAGUUCAUAUUAGCGAAAAAGGGUCCCUUAGGGACAAUAUGGAUCGCAGCACACUUGGAGCGGAAGCUUCGCAAAAAUCAGGUUGCAGAUACUGAUAUCGGCGUCUCUGUAGACUCCAUCCUUUUUCCUGAAAUGCCUAUUGCACUCCGGUUGUCUAGCCAUCUUUUGCUUGGCGUGGUUAGGAUAUACUCGAGGAAGGUAAAUUACCUUUUCGACGAUUGCAGUGAGGCUUUGCUAAAAGUAAAGCAAGCUUUUCGCUCCACUGCGGUCGACUUGCCACCUGAAGAAUCUACUGCUCCAUAUCACUCAAUCACCUUGCCAGAGACUUUUGAUCUAGAUGAUUUUGAGCUGCCAGACAAUGAGACUUAUCAGGGUAAUUAUGUUGAUCACCAUAUCAGUUCAAAAGACCAGAUCACACUUCAAGAUACUAUGGAGGGUGUUGUUUACUCUACAUCCAAAUUUGGACUUGAUGAGAGAUUUGGUGAUGGUGAUGCAUCUGGAUUGGACCUUGAUGAGGAACUAUUGGUUGAGAAGGCUGCAACUGCAGAACAUGCUACUGGUUCAUCGAAUACAGAUUUUGAUCCUCAGGCAUCUGCCCAGGCUAAUGCAUCUCUUAAGUAUGAGGAUGAUCGAGAUGCCCCGACUGUCCCUGAGGCAAUGCCAGCUAGUGGCAUUGAAAAUCAGCAAGUAGGAGAGUAUGAUGGAGAUAAUGAACCGGUUGAGUAUGCCCAGGCUCCAUGUACUCCUGGACUAUGGGAAGAACCGAAUUUGUCCAACAUUCAAGAAACUUCUGCAUGUGAUGAUCACCACGAACCAGAAAAUCAUAGCCUAACAGAUGCAGUGAAGGAGAACCUAGAAAAUGCUUCUAGCAAGGAGGCUGAGUGCCUCCCUCAUGAGCAACAUCAUAAUCAUUUCGAGCCACAUGGGGAACCGUUACCAAACAUUGCGUCAACAGAACAGAUGUUGAUGGAUGAUCUUGGUACUACACCUUUUACCGACUCCCUUUUAGCUGACCAAGCUAGGUCCACUUCUCCAAUAGCAAAGGCGCAUGAUGCUGUUAAUGCUGUGUCUGAUGAUCCCAUCAAAGCAGAAGAUUUACUUGAUAAAAAUGCUAGGGAUGACGAGCCUGGAGUUCAGGCUGUCAAUGAUAACCAUGAAAACUGUGUAGAACUUCAAGGUAAUCAGGAGAAUACAUGCCACCUUACCACUGAAUUGGAACCAAAUACUGAACCCUCUGGUAAAGACAACCUUGUUAGUCCCCAAGACCAUACUUUUCUGGAUCCCAAUGAUUCCAUGAUUUCCGUCCAAUCUCCUCAUUACACUAUGCCAAGUUCUGACUUCCCAAGUAUUAGGCCCUGUACCACUCCUUUGAACCAUUCUGAAACUAGUGAUAAGAAACUUGCUGAUACUCUUCAACCAACUGAUUUGACUUCUCUGUUCUCAAUUGAAACAUCUGGAAGGGAGGAGCAUCCCAGUGCUUCUGGAGAUUCUAUUUUGGUGCAAGGGGAAGGACCACAUGCAACUGAAGCAUCGGAAAGAAACUUGCCGGAAGUUCAUCUUGCUAAACCUGGUCCUAAUGACGAAUUUCAGGUGGCAUCUAACAUAUCAAACAAACAGAUGGACAAUGUAAUUGAAGGAGAGUUUCAAGUAGAUACCAUCAACAGUUAUAGUUCUGACUUCCCUGCGCCUGAGAAAUUGCUCUCUUUACCGCAAGUGCUUUCGGAUUUACCCAAGGACUUCGUACCAGAAAGUACACCAGCUGAAAAAGAAAUAGCAACAGGUGAUGGAGGUGAUGCUGGUAGCAAUAUGCUCGCGGGAAAAAAGCGCAGUUUCACUGAAAGCUCACUGACAGCUCACAGUCUAAAUUUAGAUGAAUCUUCGGGUUUAUUUGCCACAAAUGUAACUAGAGAAUCCGUUCUGGAUGAUGAUGAUUUGUUGUCUUCGAUAUUAGUUGGAAGAAGAUCUUCAGUAUUAAAAAUGAAGUCCACACCUCCCCUUCAGGUACCAUCUACAAAACGGCGGCGAUCUGCACCCAAAACUGGCAUUUUGAAAAGGAAGGUGGUCAUGGAUGAUAACAUGGUUCUGCAUGGCGACACAAUACGCCAGCAAUUGACAAACACUGAAGACAUUCGGCGAUUAAGAAAGAAAGCUCCUUGCACUAGAUCUGAAAUUUCAAUGAUUGAAAAACAAUUCUGGGAAGAGGAACUUUUUAGUGAAGCCAUAUUUACUGGGGUAUCGAUCAAAAUGGCAUCUUUGCACAAUCAGUUGUCUGAUCUAAGUCGCAUUGUAGUAUCCCACUGUGACGUGUCUUUAGAAGGUGGACCAGACCCAAAAUCAAUAUCACAGAAUGAUGAAAUAUGCAUGCAACUGGAAGGAAGGACCGAAAACAUGGGUCUCUCGGUUGGGCCAGAUGUUCCUAAAGAAAAUGGAGGUGACAAUAACUUCAAUUCUGUUGCCAGGGAAGAUGUUUCUGAAGCACAACCCAUUGAGUUUCCUUUGGUGGCUGAUGACAGCACAUGUGACAACAAUACAACGAAUUUAGAUUAUCAUGACAGUCAAGCACAGAUGCAUGCAACCGGAGAUGUGGCAGAACCCUUCAGUUCAGAACAUGAACUUUUGGGCCAGGGAACUGCAAUGGAGAUCGAUGCAAAAAGCUUUUCAGAUGCUAAUCUUGGAGUUUCUGUAAUGCCUAUUGAGGUUGAAUCAUUGACACAUGCUGAUGUGGUCUUAAGUGAUACUUGUGGCAUGUCAGCAGCACUGGGCGAGGUUGAUAAGACCAGUCAGAUGGAUGCUUCUCUGCAAAACGAUGCACCGGGUGUUAGUUCAGAUGAAAAAAUGGAUCUACAAUCUGUUGAUAUGGAUCCUUGCUUGGAUAUAAGUACUAACAAAUCUAUUGAAAAUAGUGUAGCUUCUGAAAUAAAGGUUGACGUUGCUUCAGUUAGAGAAAUAUCAGAAGAACAUGAGCUUGUUGCAAAUGCUUGUGCUACAUUCUCUUCCGAGACCGAUGGCGUAAGACCUCAAAUUGAUACCCUUGACGAAGACGUGGAAACCAGGAAGAAUGAGGAAGAGUUUGUAAAUGAGGAUGUCACCUUAGCUCCAGAUACCGAGUGUAAUACACAGAACUUGGUCUGCAAUGGUAUACAUGGUGAAGAAUUUGUAACAGCUGCAGCGUACGAUGAAGAAGUGAACCCAGUCUUGGAAGAUGUUUCAUUGGACGAACGAGAAAAUCCAGGUCAUCAGGUUACUUUUCCAAUGACUGCAAUGAGUGUAGAAGAUAGCACUGUCAAUAACAGGGAUGAUGAUAAUGAGUUUACAUAUUCUGCAGUUGGGAAUGAUACAGAUUUUCUGAAUUUUGAUGAUGCUGAUGACGACGAGGAGGCUGAAACAGCUGGUGAUUACAUGCCUGAUACAGAAGCAACCCGUGUUAUUGACAACAGCGGAUGGUCUUCCCGUACAAAGGCUGUUGCAAAAUACCUCCAAAUUAUGUUUGACAAAGAAGGAGCGAGAGGAAGGAAUUUGCUUCCUGUGAACAACCUGUUAGCUGGGAAAACACGCAAGGAGGCAUCAAGAAUGUUCUUUGAAACACUGGUUCUUAAGACCAAGGAUUACAUCCAUGUGGAACAGAGGGAUCCCUAUGAAAACAUCGAUAUAUUUCCACGAGCGAAGCUUUUGAAGUCAGACUUCUAAUAGACUAUUAUUAUUCCUAAUGUUGCACAGUUGCAAAAGCAAAAGGAGGUGGGUGAUUGUUCUUACUUAGAUCUGUUGUUUGUUUUACUGUCAAGUAAAUUAGUUUAUUUUGGUAGCUUUAACCAUGGAGGUGAGUAGAUGAUGUAAUGGUUAUUAGAGCCUGUGAUGUUGUAUGGAGCAUAUUUAUUUGUAAAUAAGUAUAUAGUGUUAAUUGAUGCUAAUUUACUACUGCUAUUUUAUAUGA